CAGCAUUGGUUAAGUGGCAUCAUUCACCUACCCGGCAUUGCAUGCUACACACAUUCACCAUUGCAAACCUCCGCGGUCAUUCCACGCUUUCACCGAGCAAUCACCCACCGCUUCCACACGGAGCACCGUAUUGGACACCUAUGCAGUCUUCAGUCGCGUUCCUCAGCCACCCGCCUAGGUGAUCUGCUGGGCCUGGCAGCCAUCACCGUCCAAGUGGAGGGGUCCAACUCUGACAACUUGUCAAGUUCACAGCCACACUUCCGGACUCCGGCCGCAUCGUAACAUGACCCGGGAACCACUCCAGCCCCGUCUCCGGCCACAUAUUCGGUCCCGGUCCCGGCCUCGGUCAUCACCAUGGCUCCUUGCUCUGGCCUUGUUGGCCUUUGUGGCUCUGUUGCCCAGUGCUGGGGCAAUGCGCCCCAGUCGCGUGGCUGACCUCCGCCGCGAGGUGGUCGACAUGUUCUACCAUGGCUUCGACAACUACAUGCGCAUCGCCUUCCCCGAGGACGAGCUCCGGCCCGUUACUUGUGCCCCUCUGACCCGGGAUGCUAAGAACCCAGGGAACGUCGAGGUGAACGAUGUCUUGGGUAACUACUCCCUUACUCUGAUAGACACUCUGUCUACGCUGGCCAUCUUUGCCUCAGCCCCGCCAGAUGACCGCGGCACGGGACCGAAAGCCUUGCGUGACUUCCAGGAUGGUGUUGCCGCCUUGGUCGAGCAGUAUGGCGAUGGCCGUCCCGGUCCUUCUGGUCAAGGCCUGCGCGCUAGAGGCUUCGAUGUCGAUAGCAAGGUUCAGGUUUUCGAGACGGUCAUUCGUGGCGUAGGCGGCCUUCUCAGUGCCCAUUUGUUUGCUGUUGGCGCACUACCGAUCAAUGGAUAUGAACCUCUUGGUCAUGAGGAUGAUCCUCUGAGCCCUCCGCCCAUUCACUGGCCGAAUGGCUUGAUCUACGACGGCCAGUUGCUUCGGUUGGCGCUUGAUCUUGGGACAAGGAUUCUUCCGGCCUUCUAUACGAAGACGGGAAUGCCUUAUCCGCGUGUCAAUCUGCGCCAUGGUAUCCCCUUUUACAAGAAUUCGCCACUGCAUGAGACGUCUUCCGGGGACCACAUAGUUGAUGGGCCUCCUGAGAUCACCGAGACAUGCAGUGCUGGCGCCGGGUCGCUUGUUCUCGAAUUCACUGUUCUCAGUCGCUUGACAGGUGAUCCGCGGUUCGAACAGCUUGCAAAGCGAGCCUUCUGGGCAGUGUGGUAUCGGAAGAGCCACAUCGGCCUCCUCGGCGCAGGCGUCGAUGCUGAACAAGGCCAUUGGGUAGGCCCUUAUUCCGUUGUCGGUGCUGGCGCCGACAGCUUUUUUGAGUACGCACUCAAGUCGCACAUCUUGCUUUCUGGGCACGAACUUCCAAACCGGACAGCCGUCGAGCCAAAACCGAAGGACGACUGGUUGGACCCCAAUACUCUCUUUGCUCCACUUACUGAUGUUGAGAACUCCCCCGAUGCCUUCCUCCAGGCGUGGCAUCAUGCCCACGCUGCUAUUAAACGCCAUCUUUAUAGCGACAGAGAUCACCCGCACUAUGAGAACGUCAACUUAUGGACAGGCUCACUGGCUACUAACUGGGUAGACAGCCUAGGUGCUUUCUACGCUGGUCUGCUCGUCCUCGCUGGUGAGGUUGAAGAGGCCAUUGAAACGAGCUUGCUCUACACUGCCAUAUGGGCGCGAUAUGCAGCGCUGCCCGAACGUUGGUCCAUUACACACAAAGACAUCGAGGGCGGUCUCGGCUGGUGGCCAUUACGACCCGAGUUCAUCGAGUCGACCUACUACAUAUACCAAGCUACCAAGGACCCCUGGUAUCUUUAUGUUGGCGAGAUGGUUAUGAGAGAUAUUCAAAGGCGAUGCACUACGCAAUGUGGCUGGGCAGGCCUUCAGAAUGUGUUAACCGGCGAGAAGAGCGAUCGCAUGGAAAGCUUCUUCCUUGGCGAGACCACGCAGUAUCUGUAUCUGUUGUUUGACGAGUCGCAUCCCCUAAACAAGCUGGAUGCUGCCUUUGUGUUUACCACAGAGGGCCAUCCGCUCAUCUUGCCAAAGGCGAAGUCAUCGGUCCGAUCAAGAACGUCUGGUCACAAGGAAUUGAUAGUGUACCAUGACCCUGCCUAUACCAACACUUGCCCGGCACCGCCUUCUAUCACUCCUCUCACAGGUUCGGUCAUCGCUGCCAGAGACGACAUCUUCCACGCCGCAAAGAUGUUAGACCUGCACUUGUUGCAGCCAAAGAACCGUCUAGGACUCCCAGCGGAGGGUAGUAAGCCUUCCGGUCAACAUACAUCUUCCAGGAAGCCUGAAACCGAAUUGGACCGGUUCACGCCUUUCCCCUGGUCUCUCCCACCAGAAAUGAUUCCCCAAAACGCAACAUGCCGCAAAAUCAACCAGCCGGUCGAGAUGCUGCUCGAGUUCUCCUCCAACGCGCAAGAACUCAUUGGCGGCAGCGCCUUCAACUACCUGAUAGGCACGCAGAAUCUCGAGCGCCUCACCAUGGAUCGGAUCCGGGUCCAGACCCUUUCCGGCCUGAGGCUGACCAUGAGGCAGGAGGAGGAUUCGGACGGCGAAUGGCGUGUUAGCAAGGUGAACGGCGUUCUUCUCGGCCGGGAUGAGUUCAUCGUUAUGAACCGAGCCAUCCUAGGCGAGGUGUCCGACCCGCGGUUUAACCUCGUUCGCGACCCUGUUAACGUCAAGUUCGUGCAUCUGCACCAUGUGGACCUCGGCCAGGAUGAGGCCGACAAGGAUAAGGAGCAGCUUCAACCCGAGAGCGGCAACAAGACUGACGAUAAUGACGUUUCCCAAGAGAAGGAGCAAGAGGAUGAGGUGUCCGAACAACAAAUAGAAACAGCCAACACCACCUCGGAAGAACCCGCCUCCUCCUCCCUCGGCUCCUACGUCAAAUCCCUCCUCGCCAACCUCGCCGCCUCCCUCGACGACCUCCUCCACGGCAUCCCCCUCGAAGCAGCCGUCACCGCUCUGCCCUCCAUCCUCCCCUCCAUCCCGUCCAUCUCAUCCAUCCAUGGGACCACCAAACGCAUCAAAUAUCCGUUCAACGUCUUCCUAAACUCCACCGCCGUAACCGCCACCGGCAUCGGCGCUGCCCCUCUCCCUCCUCCUCCGCCUCCCCCAUCAUCCCCUUACAUCGCCAACAAUCCUGCUCACCCUCGACUCCUCCCGGCCUUCGGCCCCGUCCCCCGCGACAUGAUCCACUACACCACCAUCUACGCCGCCGGGCAGCUCUGUUCCGCUUCCUCCCCUAACGAUUCCGAUUCCGAGAACCAGAAGCCGCCACUAGACGACUCCAUCCCGCGCACCCACCAAAUCCUCCUCCUCCGCCGCGGCGGCUGUUCCUUCUCCGAAAAACUCGCCAACAUCCCGGCCUUCCCCCCCUCUCCCACCUCUUUACAAUUAGUAGUAGUAGUAUCAGACGGAGACGACGAAGAUGCUUCGUAUGCUGCUUACUACUCUGGUCAAACCUACAAUACCCAAGGAGUAGGGGGAGGACUGGCGAGGCCGUUAUUGGAUCAGGUACAAAAGACUCCCGGUGGAUUAGUGAGAAGGAAUCCGAUUCCGAUGAUUAUGGUUGGAGGCGGGGAGAUGACGUAUGAGACGCUGAAAAGGGCGAAGGGGGUGGCGGUGGGGAGGAGGUGGUUUUUGGAGUCACAGGGGAGGAGGGUGAGGAAUGUGAUUGUGGAUGAGGGGGAUGCUGGGGGGGUUGCUUGAUUUGGAGAGAGGGG